AUGGCUCCAGCAGCUGCACCGCCAACCCUCACGGCUAUGAGGCCUCACCAAAAGAAGAAAGCCAAAUCUGAUGAGCGAUUGACCUGGCAGCAACAGGAAGAUCUUGGCACAAAAAAUGUAGGUGAGAGUAACCUUCAGUGCCUUGUCACCUGCUUCACCUUCGGCUCCACACCGCUUCCACCAACUCCUCUUCGAUCAAAACCGGAUCUGCUAUACCUUGUGAUAGUCCGCGCUCACUUCUACUCGCCAUCUUCGUCGCUACUUCUCAUCGCACACACUGACUCACAACAGCAGUCUCAGCGGCGCAGACGCAGUCGCAAAGCUCCGAGGUUUUUGCCUCUCGACCGCGAAGCUGCUACAAACGCAACCGGAAGCUACAGCAACCGACCACGCCCCAGUCAUUCAGCAGCCAGAUAUUCAGAUUCACAACACCCAACCGAAAGCACACAGCAAGGCACGUACCUGAGCUUCACCUCAGCGCAGCAAACAAUCUACGCCGACCAACACUCCACCUCCACCACAAGGUCACGGCAGUAUCUCUAA